ACUUCCUCUAGUUGCAGACUGGAAGAUGAACUCUUUGGUGAAAUGGGCUUUUUUUCUUUUCGUACUUGUGUCUCUUCUUUUAAAUAUUAUUCUGAUAUGCAUAUACUCUAGCAGGACACCCAAAUGUUCAGCUCAGCGUGUGCAUCCACUGAGGAUCAAACACAACGACCGCAGCCGCGUGUUCGCCGAUCUCACUCGAGAUGAGUAUUUGCAGGUCCAGCAGUACAUGCUUGAUCAGAAGGACUUGGAUAUAUCAAGCAGGCAGUUGACAAAGCCCUCGGAAAACUUUUUGUUCUUAAUAGACCUUUCCCUGCCCAGGAAAGCGGACGUUUUGUCUUACUUGGACGGCAUCAGCUCCGAGCCAGUGCGCGAAGCCACCGUGGUGGUCUUCUACGGUUCCAGGGGCCACAUUAAGGAGUAUGUCGUGGGUCCUCUACCUAACCCCACAUACCACCAAGAUGUCACCAAGAAGAGGUACAAGAUGGAGAUUCCUAUCAACGCGCGCACGGUGACCAUCGGGGAGUAUGAGUUAUUGUUCAAGUUUUUGCAGCAACAAGUGUUCUCCAAGCUGCCGCAACUCAUGAAAGAAAGCUUCGGUGACAAGAAGCUGGAACCAUUUGAGCAAAUGCCCCGCGGAGUGCGAUUAGGAGACAGAACAACCUGGGUGUCUUUCUUCAGGGACUUGAAAGGCAUUUACAUUCACCCGGUGGGCUUCGAGGUGCUCAUUAAUCACGGGAGCGUAAACGAAUCAGAAUGGAAAGUGGAGAAACUCAUGUAUAAUGGUCAGUAUUUCGAUACGGUAGAAGAUCUUCAGCAGAAAUAUGCCCUGGGGUCUGUUCAAAGAAUCAUUUACAAGGAGGCAGUUGAUUAUGGUUCUCUGAAGCCUAAGCAUAUGCCACUGCAGCUUGGCCCCAUUCAGUUCUACACGGAGGGCAAACGCUUCAGCGUGUGUGGCAACCAUGUCAUCUACCUGAACUGGAGCUUUGCUUUUGGCUUGAGUUCCCUCACUGGCAUGAGGGUGUUCGACGUGCGCUUUAAGGGAGAGAGGAUUGCAUAUGAGCUGAGCAUCCAGGAAGCAAUGUCUGUGUAUGGCUCAGUGACACCCGGGAUGAUGAUCACAAAGUUUUUGGACUCCAGCAUCGGAAUCGGCCGUUUUGCACACGAAUUGGUCCGUGGCACCGAUUGCCCCCAUGAAGCCACGUAUGUGGACACAUAUCGGUACAUUGAUGUCAAAUUACCAGUGAGAUUCAGGAAUUCAAUCUGUAUCUUUGAGUAUAACUUGGGCCAGCCCCUACGGAGGCACUUUGCUGACUUUUUUAGUUAUAGUUAUGGAGGUAUGGUGAACAGCGCGUUGGUGUUCAGGACAAUCACUGCGAUAGGAAACUACGAUUAUAUAUGGGAUUUCAUAUUCUACCAAAAUGGAGCUGUCGAAGCUAAGGUACACGCCACAGGAUAUAUCUCGUCAUCUUAUCUGGUAAAUGGCAGUUUGAAACAUGGUCACCAGGUAGCGGAAAAUGUCCUGGGGAACAUCCACACACACUUCAUCAACUUUAAGGUGGAUCUGGACGUGUUAGGAGUCAAGAAUGUGUUCCAGACCAAAGAUAUGGAGUUUGUGAAUGUGACAUUACCAUGGAUGCCCAAUCGCUACGCUAUGGUUCCUCAGCUAGUGGAGAAGCAACUUAAGACAGAACAGGAGGCAGCUCUGCGUCAUGGGACUAAAACUCCUCUCUACCUCCACAUUGCAAGCAACAAAACCAACGCAUGGGGUCAUCAGCGUUCCUAUAGACUCCAAGUAAUAAGCUUCACUGGAGAGCAUCUCCCAGAGAGUGAGAAAGAGGAGAGAGCCAUGUCCUGGGCCAGGUACAAGGUUGCAAUUACUAGGUAUAAAGAGUUAGAGCGGACAAGCAGCAGUUUGUAUAAUCAAAACAAUAUUUGGAACCCACCAGUUGACUUCAGCACGUACAUCAAAGACAAUGAAAACAUUGAAGAUGAGGAUCUGGUUGCCUGGGUGACUACUGGAUUCCUUCACAUCCCUCAUGCCGAGGAUAUCCCCAACACUGUAACUGUGGGAAAUGGUGGUGGGGUCUUGCUCCGACCCCAUAACUAUUUUGAUGAGGAACCUUCCAUUCACUCUGCUGAUGGGGUAUACUUCAGUCCAGGUAAUGAAAAAAGCUGUGAAUACAACAGGAUGGGCUGCCUUGCUCAAGAGACAUGCAGUCCUGUGCUGGAACCCUUUACAUACAAUGGGUUUGAUGGAGUAAUGAAGUUUGAGGAAUGAAUGUGAUUUUUGUUCAGCAAAGCGGAAAAGCUUCCUUCAGACAUAUGUGACACAUUUUAAAGGUAUGUCAAACAUUUUUGGAGGGAUGGUGAUUUUUGUCCAAAGUAAAAAUAAAAUGCAAUAUAAAACAGAUACCUAAGUGUCUGCAUGUCUUAUAUAACACAUUCAGUAGGUUUAAUAUGUUUUGUUCAUCGAUGUUAAAGUUGCUCGAUAAUGCACUUUGUCAUGCUGAUUUGGAUUUUAAACAUUCACAUAUAAAUUAAGUUUUUAACACCUGUUUAAUAUCUGUAUUUUCUAAACAUCUAAAACGGCAUUCUGCUUAUGUUAUACUUAUUUUGAGUCAAAAAGCAUUGUAUUUGUGUUGGGAAGAUGUUUUGUGAUUGUUCACUGAAAGUGUCACAUGCAAUUAUGCCGUACUUGUAUUGUUUAAUUUUACAUGUUAUAUUGUGUUUGUUGUUGUUUUUUUCUGCGGGCACUCCACUAGCAACCACAUCACCAAAACAUGCAUGUUCGGCACUUGAAAGGCAGAGCUUUGUAAUAUUGCUCACCUGGCAGACUAAAAGGGUAGAAAAUAAAAGAGCAAAUGAUUUAUCUUUCUCACACUAAGCAUUAAUGGAUCACCAACGUGCCUGUUAUGUAUUGUAUUGGGUGAAAUAAAAAGUUCUGUCAA